AUGGAUUCUUUUGAAACAAGUUCACAAUUCGUGCAAAUCCUUCGAGUGCUUGCUCCCAACAUGCAAUCGCUUCUUCGUGCGGCCCAUUUUGCAUUGAAGAAUUCCGAAAGCGAAGACUAUCUAUUCUAUGCUAUCAUGGAUGUCCUAGACGACCCAAAGGUCGACCUCAAUACCAAGUCUACUAUCUUCCAGUUUAUUGAUGUUUUAAUCCAUGAAUCAUUUUACAUUUCCCAGCAGGCCAAUUCACAUUACAAUUACCCAUAUGUUCACAACCUCAAAACAGCAUUGCCAAAGAUCAUACUCAAGGUCCUUCCGUCUACGAAUAACGCCAAUCUUUUUAAUAUCUUCAACAACAUGAAGAACAUUUCCGAAUCACUCAAUAUCAACUAUGCUGACUUUGAAAAGCAGUACCGUUCCGUGGGUCUUUUACUUCCUCCUGAAGAACAAGAGAAUAUCGAUCAAAAUAUCCCAUAUCCUGAAGUCAAGCUUGACGAUGUUGACGUUGAAGAACAGGACCCUGCUAUUAAGGCUUGGGAUAUCUUGCUCCGAAAGAGAAAGCAAAGUCAGUAUGAAAGACUUCGGUUGUUGAAGCAUGGCCCAGUUCGUGAAGAUACAGUUACUGAAGAUGAGAUUUUCUCUAUAAGACCAUCCAAGGGUGCUGAUCAAGCUAAGAAAGGCAACGAAUUUGUUCUCACGAAGAAGCAAAUUUUAGCUCGUAUGGAAGAUGACAGAGAGACUCACAAGAAGCUGAAAGAAACUCUUUGGGUUGUGAACAGACCUAGUGGAACAAAUGCUGUCACUGAAGACGAGUUCGCAAACUACUACUGGAACAGAGUAGAAAAGAUUUCUGACAAACAAAACCAUGAAUUCUUUACUGCCUUUGACGAGCUCAACAGCUUGGCUGCAGCUAGUUACAAGGACAAGCAAUUUUAA